CAGUGCUUUGAAGGGCUGUGCAUAGGAGAGGAGGCCAUGGCUUCUAGGCAGGUCCUCAGGGUUGUGUCUGAUGACGUCACAGUCCAGCAGGAUGACAUCACGGCUUUGUGAUCUUGCCAGGACCCUCUGGGAUGAGGAAAUGGAGGGGCCCUUGAAGAUGCUCCCAGAACAACCAGGUGCUUUAUGGAGGGCCCAAGAUCACCUGUGCUUAGCACUGCCGGCAGGGCUUGUGCCCCAACGGAGGAGGACCAGGGGAAGCCAGCGGCGCCAUGGGCUCCAAUGAGAAGGGGUCGCCCGCCAGGAUGGUUCUGCCUGUUCCAGCCAACGUAGCCCAAGAGCCCCGCCAGGGCUCUCCCCGGCGAAGCAGAGAGACCCAGAGGAACACGUCCCCUCGACGAGAAGGAGCCUCCGGCACCCGGUCCCAUCGAGGGAGCAGCCCUCAGAGAGCCAGUGAGUUUCUGAGAAGCUCCUCGCCCCCCAGAGGGAGCGAUGCAGGCCAGAGCUCCUCCCCUCGGCGAGGAAGUGAACUGUCCCAGAAUGCAUUGCCCCAGAGGGGGAGCGUCAGUGAGGCUCCCCGGAGACUGUCCGUUCCGCCAGCUGCCUCUUCACGGAAGGGAAGCGAGGUCUCCCAGGGCACCCUUUCUCAGAGGGGGGCCGAGGAACCCCGAAGGCCGUCUGCUCCAAGAGGGCCAAACUACCUCGUUCCGGGCCCUUCUCUGCAGAGAGGGAGUGGGGUCUCCGAGAAUUCGUUCUACCAACAACCGGGUGACCUUCCGCGGAACAAUUCUCCCUACAGAGGAAGCGACGCUUUCUGGAGCAGGACCUCCUCACCAAAAGGGGGCGAACUCCCAGCUGGGACCUCAUCCCGCCGAGCGAGUGAGCUCUCCCAGGGACCUGCCUUGAGGUCAGGGUGUCAGGAAGAAAACGAGCUCUCCUUCGGGGGUCCUCCGCAGAGAGGGAGGACGUCCAUCCGGAACAUCUCUCCUCAGCCGGUGGUGGACUACCGGUGCGGCAAGUGUUCCAUCCAGCCGGGGCAGCUCACCAUGACGAACAGCCAGAUGCUGAUGGCGAUGCAACAGAGCCUCAAUUCGCAACGGGAGGAAAUCUACCAGAGGUCCCGGGCUGCAUCCAGAAUAGGGAGAACCCAAGUAGACAACAGAUGCAUCCCCAUCUCCCCAAAUCCGAGUGACUUGCCCCAGGUGACAACCCAGAGCUACCUGAGGCCUAUGGCAAGUCCCAAGGAGGAUUCUGCACGAGUAAAUCCCCCCAAAAGGGAAUCCUUUCAGGUGCCCAAGGCGUUUCCUCAGCUGGCACUGGAAUUGGGACCACAGGACACCUGCCAGCCACCUCGGAAACUCAUCCGCAAACAUGUCCCCAACCCCAAGGACGAGUGGACCCAGACGGAGCCGGCCUACAAGGUCUCCGUUUUCCCAAAGAGCGACUCUCCUCAAGCAGAGGUGUGGUUGGCCCUUCCUCUCCCCACAGAGGCUGAAGCAAGGAGGAGCUCUCUUGAACCGCACUCUGGACCCACCCGCCGGAAGAGCUCUCCUCCCAGGGAGCCAGACACGAGGCGGGCCACCCCUGAACCGCCCCCUGAACCCACCCGCCGAAGGAGCUCUCCUCCCAGGGAGCCAGACACGAGGCGGGCCACCCCUGAACCGCCCCCUGAACCCACCCGCCGAAGGAGCUCUCCUCCCAGGGAGCCAGACACGAGGCGGGCCACCCCUGAACCGCCCCCUGAACCCACCCGCCGAAGGAGCUCUCCUCCCAGGGAGCCAGACGCAAGGCGAGGCACCCAUGAGCCCUCCCAAGAACCCACUUGCCGGAAGAGCUCUCUUCCCAGGGAGCCAGAUCCGAGGCGGGGCACCCUUGAACCACCCCCUGAACCCACCUACCGAAGGAGCUCUCCUCCCAGGGAGCCAGACGUGAAGCGGACCUCCCUCCAGGCAAGGUCUGAACCAACCCAGGCCAUCUACAGGCCUUCCCUCCACCCUGUGUAUGAAUCUGAGUAUCUCUGCCCAAUCCACCAGGAGAUGGAGGAUGCUUGGAAGCGGGCUUUCUCCCCGGGGCAUGAGCCACCUGGCCAGCAACCCCUUUCCACCGCCGAACAGAGAAAAAGUUCCCUCCAAGCCCGGCUCGAACCAGCCCCAAGGGGAUCCGUCCCUCAGGAGCCUGAGGCAAGAAGGGUCUCCUUGCUGAAAGAUGUCGAAGCCAAGAGGACCCCCCUCCAAACAGUCCCCAAAUCCACCAUUCGUGUGCCCCCCUGGCCUGACUCUCUGCCGCAAGAAUUCCAGCCUGUCUACAGACCUGCUUCUCAUCCAGAGAGCGAAUCUGAGUACAGGUGCCCUUUUCAUAAAGAAAUGGAGGCAGCCCUCAGUCGGUCCGCCCCCCCAGGGACUGAUAUUCCACACAGGGGCUCCCUCGUCAGGGAGACCCCACAGCACGGGAGCCUUGGGCCGGCUUGGACCCAGUCAGAGCCUGGCCUCGAUGCCCAUCAGGUUCCGAGAGGUUCUCUUCAGCCCACCACUGCCACCAUAGCAAGACCCAGGCCCUUGUCGGAUCCAGAGGCCACCGUGAACUGGGGACUCUUGCCUCCAAGGCCCUUAAGCAAGUUUGGACCUCAGUCAACUUGGUGGCCUUUGCUUCAGCCAGGCCAAAGCCCUCCCACCCCGGAUGUGAUGGACAGGCACCUCAGUCUACCAGCUCCAGACUUCGGAGAGAAGCGUCCCAGCUUAGCUCUGGAUUUGAGGGAGAAGCCCUGCAGCUUGCCAGCUCCAGAUUUGAGGGAGAAGCCUUGUUCCAGCUUAGCUCCAGACUUGAGGGAGAUGUUAAGCAGCCCACCGGCUCCGGACCCAGCAAAAGUCGCGGCGGCUUUUCCUGGGGAGCUGGAGGAAGCCUUGGGUUUGCCGCAGGAUGCCAUUUCCACCUCGAGCCAAGACCUGCCAAGACAGACAGCGCGUUUUGAAGAGCCGCCUGCCCACCUGGACCAGAGGCCGCAGUGUGUGGGCCCCAGCAGUGAGGCCGAUGACCUCAUCAACCUGCAGCGAGGGAAGGACCCCCUGAGGUUUAGUGCUUUCUUUGUGGGUAUGUUGCAGGAGUCUGUUGGGCUGCGUCUUGUGCCACCAGGCCGGGCCCCCCUUGAGGAGGGCAGAGGAGGCUGCGCUCAUCAGAGGCAAGGUGGAUUUGCAAAGAUGAAAUAAA